CGGUGCGGACGUUGUGAGCGCGCGUGGCGUCGUUGCGGUUGGUUAAUGCUGAAUUAAAGACCGGUGUUUGGGGUGCGGAGGACUGUGUAGAGUGUGAAUCGAGGCUUGUGGGUGUCGCAAAUAGCGAGCAUCGAUGGAAUUGCAUACGCCAAAACGAGAGUCGCGGGCCCUGGGCCUGCAGGACGGACUUCCCUGCAGCCCGCCGAUGUGCGACACGAUGCUCUACCCCUGGAACUGGGGCGAGGAGGCGAGGAACGUGAACCUCAGCCCCGGGAGCUCGUGCUCGUCGCCGGAAUACCGGGAUCGCGGCGUCGCCGCCGUACGAGGAUCCGGCAGCGCCGGAACCGGCAUCAACGAAAACGGGAACGCCGACGGCGGAGGUGCCGGUACACGUUCCUCGUCCUCGGAGAGUCAUCGCCGCGGUCGGCCGAGGGCCGAUGCUUUGACGAAUCUGAUGAAGCAAGGCAGCACGUCACCGAGUAGCAUCAAGUGUACCUUCUGCAACAGGGUCUUCCCGAGGGAGAAGAGCCUUCAGGCGCACCUGCGCACUCACACAGGAGAACGACCUUAUCCUUGCGAUUAUCCGGGUUGCACAAAAGCCUUCACGCAAUCCGGGCAGUUGAAAACACACCAGCGUCUUCACACGGGAGAAAAACCAUUUUUGUGUACGGAAGCUGGAUGCGAAAUGAGGUUUACUCACGCGAAUCGUCAUUGCCCGGAUCAUCCUUACGCGACGUUGACGAGAUCCGAUGACUUUGUGCUCAAGCCGGUAACCGGCAAUACAGAUCUGCCUCACGACGUCACACGCUGGCUAGAGCGGUACAAAAUGUCGAGGGAAAGGGAAGACAGAACGCCAACUGGGAAAAAUGAGCGGAAGAAAAAGGCGUGGAAAUGCAGUAUGGACAAUCACAAGAGGACAAAAUCCAGAAAAGGCCUGAUGAUGGACGCUACUGGUGAACAAGAAAAUGUGGAGCGAAAAAUUCAGUCCAACCAGAGGCUCUACUGCGGGGAAAGCCAGGACAGCCAAGAGGAAAGUCAGGACGAAGAUCCGGUGGAAGCCUGCGCCAUGCUUCAGAUGUCCGAAGACGAAGAAUCGACUCAGAUGAGCAAACUCCCCAUAACUCCGGUUCGCAGACCACUGGAUAGACUGCAGCCAAAGAAACGCUGGCUAAGAGAAGCCUGCCUUGAACAACAGCUCGCAAAGCCGCUAAGAUGGGAUCCGCCGUCUAACGGUCAACAAAACUCUGACUCUGCUCAAUUGGACAUUGAGAUUCCACGGGUUCAGUUCGGCACAUCAUUCAACGAAGGUUCGUGCAUCGCGGAGCAGACUUCAGAUUCAAGCCUGAGCACAUUCAACGACACGUUGUGCUACAAGUCUGAGACGGAGAUAUUGGAUUCUGUAUCUCUGGGGUCUAAUCCCAACUCGGAUAUAUCCUGGAAUUUAUCCAUCAAAGUGCCUCCCAUUGACAAUGAAGUCACUGUGGAAAAUUGCUCAGCCGAGAUCGGCUUCGGUGAUAAUUCUUCCUCCGUCAAUCAGCACUGCUGGGAUUCACUGGCGUGCGAGAUCGUGCCCAGCGAAAAUACCAAAGCAUUUAACGUCUCUUCGAUAGCCGCGAGUCCCCGCUGGACCUUGACAAACUCAUUAUUGGAGGAGCAACUUCCUUCGUCAAAUUUCACCCCAGUCAAGAAUAAUUCAAAUCAACUCUCUUCCGUGUCAGCGAUGUCCUGCAGCAGGGAAAACGAGAGAAGACCUACGGUCCUGAUGUUGGCUGGAAGUUGCGCCAACCCUGGCGUCAAGGAAGCUGUCCCGAACAAUAACACAGCAUUGAAUCAGGUCAACGUCAAUGAAAGAACCGGUCCAAAAGUUGUUGUGAUUAAGCAGGAAGUGCAACAGCAGGACGAUUUGAUACCUGAAGAUAACCAGAAGUGGCUUGGAGCACUUGCGCUCAUGGAACUCGCCAAAACCCAACAGGAAGCUGCCAGAGUUUUGGGGCUGAACAAAGAAACGAGAACCCUUGUAUUACCUGCCAACAAACAGUACACGCAUCUUUAGACUGUGAUCGUUAUAUUGGAAACCCAUUUCGUAUUCUUUAAAUCUACAAAAGAGUUCGUGUCUCCGUUAUUAUAAUUUCUUUUAACAAAUUAUUCACUGGUUUUGGGCUGUAAUGUCUUUAAGAUCAAAUGUUACAUCCCAAAAUCCGACUGAAGCCUUAUUGUAUUCAAGAAUAGUCAAUUGUUGAUCAAUCGCUCAUUCCAUGUACAACAUUUUGCUUCAAAGAGCCCCACAAUGUUGAUUUGAGAAAAUAUAUAUUUUGCCAUUUCCUUGUAGCAUUUGUUGAGGAAUCGUUUUUCACCGUAUGAUUCAAGAGCGUUUCCACAUUGUUCACAUCUUUGCAAUGAUUGAUAAUGUGUUUUUUGAAUUUGAUGAAGCGGAAGCUAGCAGCCAGAUAGCAGCCAAACAUGUUCAACUUUUUGAGAAUAGAAAAUGCAGUUUGGUUUUAUCCUUCUAAUUCUACAAAAGUAUCGGGGGUUCAAGGUAUAUCAAAAGUCUUUCAGAUUUCACUGCCUUAUUCGAAUGAACAUUAGAACUUUGGCUGUCAAUACUGGCUGCUAGGUUCUGCCUGGUUAAUGUGUUUUUGAAUUUGUGAGCUAAACUUUCCCGAUCCAUCUUUAGCCACACAUUCCUGAUUUCUGAUUCAUAUAUUUGUACGAUCAUAUGUGCACCGUUAGUAGCGAUUAGAUCUGAAGUGUGCUCAAAAGUUGCCAUCUCUCGUUAGGAAGCAAGCCAUUGGAAUGUGAGAACAUGACGAUUGACGAAAGUUUGAUUACUUUGUGAUCAGGCUGAGUAUGCAUGCUUUGUUUUAAAUAUUCAAUGGACCAAAAAUAAAACUGAUCAAAUAACGCGACGAUCAUUUCCCUAAAGGGAAAUAAUUUUCAAAUGGUAUAAAUGAAUAAGCCAUUUGCCAUUCAUCCGUCAGGUAGCUCGGUUGCUUCUUAUCCGUUACGAUUCUUUGUAUUAAUUAUUGAGAGAAUUGUUACCUUUGGCAAUAGAAAGAUAAUAGAAAACAUUAACGACUUCAGGAAAGAAUAUAUCAUUAACGUUUAAUUAUAAUAUAAUGUUGUGACAUGAAUUUGUACAAUGAAAGUAUGACGACUUGUAUGUACCUGUUGCUAUUCUACAAACGAGCUAAGCGCUAAGUUGUAUGUACAUGGUGGAAGUCUCGGCAGUGAAACCCUGUCCAAAGACCUGUAAAGAUGAUUUUAUUAAUUGAGUAAUAUGCAGUUGUUACUAAUGUCUUGCCUGAAACUUAUGAGAUCACGAAAAGGUGAAUUACUAUAACGAAGUA